AAACAGCUUAUCGAUAACAAACAGCUGAUCCCUGCUCUAGUGAAAGAAGUAAACAAAUAACUACAUAAUUUGUAUUGCUAAAAAAUUAGUAAAUUAAGCGUUUUAAGAGAAUUAGGCUCGAGAACACCCUAAAGAGCAAUAUUCCCAAUAUGGCAUUUUGCAUUGCAGUCAUUGGCAAGGAUAAUGCCCCUCUGUACCUGACCACAUCCGAUAUGGAGCAGGAGCUGGAGCUGCAGUACCAUGUCCACGCCGCCCUGGACGUCGUCGAGGAGAAGUGUUUAAUCGGCAAGGGUGCACCCGAGUCCAAGGAACUCUAUCUGGGGCUGCUCUACUCCACAGAGAAUCACAAAAUCUAUGGCUUUGUGACCAACUCGCGGGUGAAGUUCAUCGUGGUGAUUGAUUCCAGCAACGUGGCGCUUCGGGAGAACGAGGUCCGAGCGAUAUUUCGCAAUCUUCACAUGCUGUACACAGACGCCGUCUGCAAUCCCUUCUACAUUCCCGGCGAGUCGUUGACUUCCAAGAAAUUCGAUCGUGCCGUACAGAAACUGAUGAGCGGCAAUGCCUAGACAGUAGAUUAAGGCGGAGUUAAAAAUAAAGCUGAAUUAUUUAUCGGA